AUGACUGAAUCAACCCAACUCGUCUACCAACGAGACGGGGAGCGGCUCCUCCAUACCGCCAAGGUCUUCUCCGUCGUCCCGGUAUCUGACCUCGCCGAAUCCGACCAAGCUCUCGUCAAGGACGCCCCAGAGAUCGAGCACGCCGUCAUCACGGACUCCACAAUCUUCCACGUCCAGGGCGGCGGCCAGCCCUCAGACAUCGGAACCAUGACCGCCCCCUCCGAUGCGGCACCCGCCAACGCGGAGUCGACGUUCGAGGUCAAGUCGGUCCGCCAGCCGGCCCAGGGCAACCAGAUCCUCCACUUCGGCCGGUUCGUCCCCGCCGACGCCGCUCCGACCUUCGACGCGGGAGGCGAGCUCCAGCAGCACGUCGACGCCGAGAAGCGCAACUUGCACUCGCGCCUGCACACCGCCGGCCACGUCAUGAGCCUCGCCAUCCACGCGCUGUGCCGCGAGGGCGUGCUGCCGCCGCUCAAGGAGUCCAAGGCCUCGCACUACCCGGACUCGGCCGCCGUCGUCUUCAUCGGCACGCUCGACGGCAAGCACAAGGACGCCAUCCAGGCCAAGACAGACGAGUUCGUGCGCUCGGCCAGCCCCGUCAGGAUCCACUGGUGGCCCAUGGAGGAGCUCCUCGAGAAGUGCCACGCGAGCGAGGGCUUCGCGCUGCCCGAGGGGGAGACGGUCGGCCGCGUCGUCGAGAUGGAGGGCCUGGGAAGCUACCCGUGCGGUGGGACGCACGUCCGGGACUGCAGUCAGGUGGGCAAGAUUGAGGUGAAGAAGAUCUCGCGCUCCAAGGGAACGAGCAAGGUGUCUUACCGCGUCGCAUAG